GGGAAAGCGCGGCCCCGCGGCGCGCCGUCUGUAUAAAGCAGACCGGCGCCGCCCGGUCAGGUCACAGUCGAGCAGAGCGCGAGCGCACGAACCGGACCGGCGCGCCACUCAGUGCAACAUCAACGACGAGCCCCAACCAAAACGUCAUGAGGGUGACGCCGGUGCUGCUGUCAGCGCUGUUGGCGCUGGUGGCCGCAGAGGGCGGCUUCCAGCCGGUGGCGGCGCCGGCCGGUGCCGCGCUGCCCGCCGAGGCGCGCGACUCCUCCCCCGUGGCCGAGGCCGACUCGAGUGGCGAGCACGUCUCGUUCAGCGAGCCGCCCGCCGAGGCGGAGGCGCGCGACUCGGGCGUCGGACUCGGCGGCCACGGCGGCCACGCGGCCGGCGGCGGCUACGGGCCGGCGCUCGACUCCUACAGCAGCUACGGCGGCGGCGGCGGCGGCUAUGACGCCGGAUAUGGCGGCGGUUAUGACGCCGGCUACGGCGGUGGCUAUGAUGCCGGGUACGGCGGCGGCUAUGAUGCCGGGUACGGCGGUCAGGGCUACGUCCAGCAGGGCGGCUACGCCGGCGGCUACGGCGACUACGCCCACGGCGGCGGCUACGGCGGCUACGAGGAGGUAGUUGUCGAGGAGAAGCCCUGGUACGAGAAGUACAUCAACCGUUACAAGUUCCCCAUCUUCAUUCCCAAGUUCAACUUUGUGACGGUGGACAGCAGCAUUCUGGACCGGAUCCCCCCGGCCAAGGGCGGCGGCAAGGGCAAGGGCGGCGGCUUCGGCAGUGGCAUCAGCAACUAUUUCAAGGGCUUCUUCGGAGGUGGGAAGGGCAAGGGCAAGGGCAAGGGCGGCAAGGACGAAACGAUCAUCGUCAACCACCACCACUACUAUGACGAGGGAUACGGGCACGGCCAGAAGGGCUAUGCCCCGCCCGUGCCGGCCUCCUCCUACGGCGCUCCCCCCGCCGCCGGCUACGGCGCGCCCCUCGACCCCGGCUACGGCGCCCCGGCGGCCGACUACGGCGCGCCCGCCCCCGUCUACCGCUGAAAGUGCCCUCAUAUGAAACCGGAGUGUGUGCGCAGUGAGAAACCGCGAUUGCCAGGGAUCCCUUAGUAAUUUAUUGUUGUUAUUUUGUUUAGGUCGCUCAGCGUCUUCCCUGGAUUGCUCAAACGUUGUAUGCGUGUUUGUUUGUGUAUGUGUGCAGGGAAAGAAGCGGCCGUCGUUGUUUUGUUUUGAACGGUUCGCAACUUUCCAGCUUCAAUAACCUGCAAAAACGCCUGACCUCGUACGUUCUGAACGCAGCUGGAAUAUCGCCCUGGAUAGGUUUGUAUGGCUCUAAAGGCCCCGCAUACCAGUGAGCUGUGCCCUUCCCGAUCUAGUCUCCCAUGGCCGAAUGUCAUCAGUUAUUUAGAAAGGUUUCUCUGUCCUUCACUGCCAUUACUUUCCUAAUUUGCCGUUUACAAUUGUUCGGCUUCUAAUGAUAGUUAUCUCGCGGUCAAUUUUAGAAUCAUAUAGGUACUCUAUACAGGUAGCCUGAAAAUAGCCUGCUACUCUUCCUUCACAGUACUAUAAAGCUCAGAGACUAAAAAGUAAGAGUCAGUUAAAAUAUCCGCAACGUAAGCCUUCAUCACCCAUCCCGCCACGGUAUUUCAACACAAGUGUUGUUAUAAAACUCUCCUAAAACAAGUUUGUUUUAGGAGAGUGUCCUACUUCUACGGGCUCAACUAUCUCAGAUACCUAUAUUUUACGAGGCUGGAAGAACUUGGAACUUUGCCGGAUCUAUUUACAUAUGUCAGUGCUCUUCAAAUCGCAGAUAUUUUAUUAUUUUUUCAUGACAUUUACGGAUCUAGGUACUCCAUUCUCAUUUUUAAAGCGCAAUAACCGUAUUAUAUUGAUGAUUAUUCUUCUGCGAUGCCCAGAAACAUUUCUUAAAUGCUACACUUUCACUUCUAACGUGAAACUCUACGAAUUGUUAUUGCUUCGUUUCUGGAAAUUACUUGAAAUACUCACUGGUUAGUGUCAAGUACUUAAAAUAGUAAAUCAAAUUAUGAUCGAUGAAAAUUAUGAUCAUAUUCCAAUAAUUGGCAAUGUUUGCAAAACAUCUCGCGUCACUUCCGUUUGUAAACUUUACGACAUUCUGUUCCAUGUUCUGCUGUUUUUCAAGUCGCUUGAGCGAUUGGACCCGUUUGUCUUUCCUCCAUUCCGAAUUGUUACGAAAAACAAAUAUAGGCACUCUUUUGUAAAAAACGAGCAAUUCUAGCUGGUACAAUAAUGCUACUUUGGUCGACUCAUAGUUACAAUUUUAUGAAUCAUUAACUUUCUGUUACUACUUGAAGUGAUCCGCCGCCUAUGCCUGUCACAACCGAUGCCACAUGCCUUCCAGAACUGAAGUGGUAACAGUGUGCGUUUUAUGAAUGUUGGAAUGUUGUUACGUGUGAAGGAGAAUGUCGGCGCGAAAUAGCGCUUAUACCGCUGAGAUUGUAAAUACACAUCAAUAUGAGCAAACA